GACGUCAUAGCACAUACAAGCUACCCCACACAUUCAUAUCCUGCUUAAACUCUAUCAUCACAUUGACUUUCGUCACUUAUUCUACUCUCAAUCUCAAAUAACACUAAAACAAUACUAUCUAAGGGCCGGUCCGCUUUUUGAAACUUACUAUAUAGUCCAACAAAACUAACUUACACUUGAAAAAAAAGAGAUGUUUCAAGCACUCAAAUCCAGCAUGACGGACAAAGUACAAUCUCCACCCAAAGAUGCUGAUGGGAAUCCCAGCACUCAAGAAAAAGUCCUUUCCCAAAUCAACGAAAAGAUAAAGGCUGCACAAGAAGCCACCGAAAAAGCAUCUGCAAAUCGUGAAGAAGCAUCCUCGCUUCCCGACUCCGAAGAUGCACAAGAAGCUAAGGCAAAACUCCUAGAGGAAGCCCAGAAAUUGGAGAAGAGGGCGAAUUCGGAGUUGAAGAUUGCACAGAGGUUGCAGAGUGGAGUGUGGCAGGGAGGCGCGGGAGGUGCGGGGAUAGGGGCAGGUGUGGGAAUGGGACUGGGGACGGUGGUGGGAUCGGUGGUGGGAGGUGUGGUGAGUGUGCCGACUACGGGGUUGGGAUUGUUGGCGGGUGUUGGGGCGGGGGCGGCUCAUGGACCUUGGUUUAAAUUACCGAAGAUUGGGGGAGAGGAAGGGGAAGCGGGAGAAGCAGAUGAGAAGAUGGCGGAGGGAGAUAUCAAGAAGGAAGAAGGGGAGAUGAAAAAAGUGGAGGCGGAGGCGGAGGCAGAAGAGGAGAAAUAGUGGAUGGUUGCAUCGAUACGAAUCUACGAAUUUCAACGGCCGAUAUGCGAAUUUCGAAUCAAGAAGCGAUGUUUUAUAUUAUACCAAUUAUUUGAAGAUGGGACGAGAUUGAAUAUUUGAAGAACGUUGGAGAAACAUCAUCAGACACGAAAGUGUCGACGUAUGUAUUUCAUAUGGGCACAUCUGGAGUUGGAACUACGAGCACACUGUUUGUUAUUUGCAUUUCCUAUAAUUGCGUGAUAAAUACAUUCAUCAUGCUAUCGUUGUACAUUCUUUAAUUGUAUACUAUUUCAUCUUCGUGGAACGAAAACUUUAGGACAAUUUGAGAAUUGUGUUCUCGAGAACGCUAGACGACCACAAUCAAGCUUGAACCAAAUGAUUUUAAGUCUGAAUACUCUCAUCUAAAUCAUAUCAGACCGCAGAUUAUAUAAAUUAGAUACGAUUUUGUUUACAAAUUUGACUCGCCAUCGUCUCA